UGAGGAACCCUGGGCUAGAUGACCUCUGCAGCCCCUUUUCUAAUUUAUUCCCUAUAUUCUGGCGACCUGCUGCAGGGAAAGAUCUAUAGUAGUCAGCAUGCAGGUGAGGCUGUUGGUAAAGACUCCUCCUUCUCCUCCCUCUCUGGCCCUCUGCAUGGAUCCAAAAUUGUCAAGAAACCUUUUUUUUUUUUAGUUUUUAGGAAACAGUGCCCAAAGAUCUCCUGAACCCUGGUGCUGUAACCAAUAACAGGCGUUUUAUCUAUCUAGUCUGGAUUAGAGGAACUAAAGAUGUGGCUGUUUGGAGGUCGUUAUAAGCCCAACAUCCUUGGAUAACUUUUGGCACCAGGACGAUUAAAAUGGCAUUUUGUAUCCUGUGGGGAACUAAGCUUUCCUUUGGUCCUGCUGUGUGAACAUGGGCCAUGACAUUCCUUGAAUAUUAUUUAUUUUGACUGUUGGAACCGUUGCCAAGGGGAGAAAUCGGUCAAUUGGGGUAGAUGAGAUGGCCAGCCGUAAGGAGAAAAUAAUAAAAGUGGGGUUCUAUUAAUAAAUGUUGGGUAACAACAGCAGGAAGAAACCUCAGGCAGUGGCUUCACCGGGUGUCUGCAUUUAUUUUUUAGCCUGUUGGGGAUCAGUUUGUUGUUCGAAGAGAGUUGAAAACUAAACACAUUUAAAAUCUCUGUAAUCCUUUACAAAGAUAAAACUCGACAAAGAUAAAACUUUUGUGUUCCAUCUCUGCAAGCACGAACACAACUUCUUUGGCAAGAAGCUGUCGUUAUUUAGGGCUACACUGCUGCUAAAGCUGGAAGCUCAGUUGUAUUAGCAGGAGUAGUAAGCAUGUGGACCAAAUGUAUAUUUUUUAAAAAGGCAGCAAAAAAUCUAAUAAUCAUAAUAAUUAAAUUGGCUAGUAAUUUCUGCUUAGGGAAGCAGGAUUUUAAGCCUUCGGUGUGUCCAGGGGCUCAGUUGGAGGGUGAGGAAUGAAACCGAUUAUUGAAAUGGCUGAAUAGGCUGAUCUUGGCUUACCUGUCCCCCAACCCUCUUUUCCUUAUCAGCUCUUCUUCUGAAGCAGCUUUACAUCAGUGUUAGCACGCUGGUCCAUGCUCUCUAACUGGGAUUGAAAUUGCUUAAUUACAAGUAGAUAAUUUGGCCUGGAGAAAUGUAUGUGUUUAUUUCAAGCUUAUCUGCCUGUGUUAGCCUUUCCAAUUAAAAACAUGCUUCCAAACAGGUGUCUCUCCAGGAGCUGGUCAUUAGACAUAAAAUAAUGCCGGAGAAGGGAAAAAGUCCAGAGGCGGAAUCCGAACGAGAAUUGCAAGAGAGCCUCAAACGUGGGGUCACCCAGGAGAAGGCAGGGAAAACAGCGAAAGGCCUCCAACCUGGGAAUGCAGAGGACUUGGCAGAAACGGGGGGCUCCCGACCAGCCAAGACUGAGGCUGGAGACCGGAGGUUGAAAUACUUAGACCCGCGGGCUGCUUUGAAGGCAGUGCAGUCCUCCAACCAGGAGGAGCCGGUUUCUGACCCGUGGGAGAAUGCCAAGGCCUGUCUGGCCUCAUUGGAGGGAGCAGCUGAAACCUACUGGCGGUACAAAGGAUUAGUGGAUCUCAGCAGAGACCCUCGAAGGGAGAGUGAGCAGACCGACACUGCCAAGGCAGACGACUAUUGGAAGGUGGGGGAGGAUGUUCUGAGAGAUGACUCAGCGGCCACGGACACCCAGCGAACCCUUUUUAGGGAGUUUUGUUACUGGGAUGCUGAGGGUCCCCGUGAGGCCUGCAGCCGCCUCUGGUACCUCUGCCACCGGUGGCUGAAGCCAGAGAGGCACACCAAGGAGCAGAUCCUGGAGCUGGUGAUCCUGGAGCAGUUCCUGGCCAUCCUGCCCUCUGAACUCCAGAGGUGGGUCAAAGCUGCUGGGCCUCAAACCUGCGACCAAGCGGUGGCUCUGGCUGAAGGCUUUCCCCUAGGACGGCCACAGGAGGGACCAAGCCUGGCCCAGGAGGAAGCUCUGGGUUUCUCCACGGCGCAGCAGCCUCUGUCAGGCGUUGGAGAGAAACAGCUCAGCACUGUUAUCAAGCAGGAGCGGGAUGGUGACACCGACUCAGAAGGUGAUGAGUGGGUGAUUGAGACGAGGCAGGGAGAUCCCCAGUUGGAGGAAGCUGAGCCAGUGAAACUGUGUGGGACCUCCUGGGAAGGACUUGAUUGGUCUGAAGAGGAUGGAGAUGGUCCUGUGGUUUUUGGGGAUGGAGCAGCCCAGAAGGAUGAGGACAACCAAGAUCAGCACAGAGCUGAAGUAUUUCCUCUAGCAAAAGAAGACGGGGACUCAAGUCAAUCCACUGCGGUCAAAAGAAGGCGCAGAAGUCGAGAGAAGAAGACGUGUGCUGUGUGUGGCAAGACCUUCAGCCGGAGUACUGUGCUUGCUGCUCAUCAGAGGACCCACACAGGCGAGAAGCCAUUCAUGUGCCAGAAUUGUGGGAAAUGCUUCAGCUUCAAGUCCACUCUGGUGGCCCAUGAAAGAACUCACACGGGAGAGAGGCCCUACACCUGUGAUCAGUGUGGAAAGAGCUUCACUGUCAGCUCAGUCCUCACCAGACACUACAGAGUCCACAUUGAAAAGGAACUCUUUAGUUGCUCUGAGUGUGACAAGAGCUUCACGCAGAAGUCUCAGUUGCUCAACCACCAGAAGGUGCACGUGAGGGAGAAGCCGUUCAAGUGCGCCCAGUGUGGAGAGGGUUUCAGCCGCAGCUCCAGCCUCAAGAAACACGAGGGCUCCCACACGGGGGAGAAGCCGUUCAAAUGCCCCGAUUGCGAGAAAUCCUUCAACACGUCCUCCCAGCUGGUCAAGCACCACCGAGUCCACACGGGGGAGAGGCCCUACACCUGCUCGGAGUGCGGGAAGAGCUUCAGCCAGCGGCAGAUCCUGAUGGUGCACCAAAGGACCCACACGGGCGAGAAGCCCUUCAAGUGUGCCACCUGCGGGAAAUGCUUCUCUGAUCGGGCGGUCCACAUCCGUCACCAGAAAGUCCACACGGGGGAGAGGCCUCACCAGUGCACCACUUGUGGGAAGAGGUUCACCCACCGCACCGUCUUGGUGAAGCACCAGAAAAUCCAUGCCCGGGAAGCUCUGAACCUAGCCAAAUUACAAGAGGAGCAGCAGCAAUAUAAGGAAACUUCAUACCAGUUUGGAAUGUGGAAAAAUGCUCAACUUGAUGCCAGUGGGUUACUCAGCAUCAGCGAAGCCAGCUUCUUGAAGACCGAUUUCAGCUAUGCACCACACAGGACUCGCAGUUGGCACCCCUACCCUCCAAGGUCGCAGAGCGAAUCGCGCUCGAUUUGCGUCCAAGCGGCUUCGCUGCCCCAGCGGGCGGUCGGGCUGGCUUCUUCCCGCAAUCGGGGUGAAGCGGGGAGCGUCGUUGCGGCGCGGCUGCCCCGCUGCACCUGUGGAACAGCUGUCCCUUCGGCUAAUUCUGAUAAAAUGGCACAGAAAGGAAGGGUGCCAAGUGUUGGCCUCCGGGUCCCAGAGCUGUUGCCCCAGGAGAUAAAGGCUGGGAGGCUGCUGGAGGAUGGAGUUCAUGUGGGUCGUGAACAUGGAGCAGCUUUGGAGAGAGCAGUAGAUGCCCCUCACAGAUUCAAGACUGGGAAUCAUUUGAGUGUCCUGAAGAAGGAGAACCUGGAGCAGACAGCAAACCACUCGGACAAAGGACAGUUCAAACAUUUAGCAUUGCAUGAGGCCUUGAAAGCAACACAAUUUCCUUACUCAAAAUGGGAAUGUUCCCAGUUACCAAGAUCUUCUCCAUGGGAGAAGACCAAGUCUUCCCAACCAUCCUUCGAAGGAGCACUGGAUGCUCACUGGAGACUCAAAGGAGAAUCAGAUCACCCUGGAGAAGUUCAAGGGGGGCACACCAAGAUGGAGGAUCAUUGGAAGGCCAAAGAGGAUGUCUUGAGUGAGGACCCAGCUUCCAUGGACACACAGCAAGCCCUCUUCAGGGACUUCCGUUACCAGGAGGCCGAAGGGCCCCGUGAGGCCUGCAGCCGCCUCUGGUACCUCUGCCACUGCUGGUUGAAACCGGAGAGACACACCAAAGAGGAGAUGCUGGAGCUGGUGAUCCUGGAACAGUUCCUGGCCAUCCUGCCCCUGGAGAUUCAGAGUUGGGUCAAGCAGAACCGCCCUCAAACCUGUGACCAAGCGGUGGCCUUGGCAGAAGAGUUCUUACUGAGACAGGAAGAGGGCAAGAUGUUGGAGCGAAGGGGUUCGGUCCUGACCCAGAAGGAGGCUGUCAACUUCCACCCCACCCAGCCAUCUCAUCCCAGCCCCGAAGAGGAGCAGAUGUGCCCUCAGGCCAAACAGGAGACCGAGAGUGAAGCAAACGCUCAGGAUGACAAGUGGGUGACAAAGAUGAAAGAAGAGAAAUUCAAGGUAGAAAAUUCGGAAGCAGUGAAGCUCUCUGAAACUUCCUGGGCAUCCCACCCUGAACCCCAGGAGGACAAAGAUGCCUCCCCAAAUCUCAAGGGAUGGGAGACGGGGAUGAAGAGCUGUCUCCAUCCCCAAGGGGAUGUCUUCUUUCCCUGCUUCGGAGAAAGAAAGGAAGCGAACCAAACCUUUGUGGCAAAGAGACGGUGCAAAAGCCGGGGAGAGAAACUUUGCAAUGUGUGCGGGCGAAGUUUCAGCCGGAGCACAGUGCUCGCCGCGCACCAGCGGACCCACACGGGCGAAAAGCCCUUUAUGUGCCAAGACUGCGGGAAAUGCUUCAGCUUGAAAUCCACAUUGGUGGCCCACGAAAGGACCCACACGGGGGAGAGGCCCUAUCGCUGCUCGCAGUGUGGGAAAUGCUUUACCGUCAGCUCGGACCUCACCCGGCACUAUCGGAUCCAUGUCGGGGAGAAGCCGUUCAGCUGCUCCGAGUGCGGCAAAAGCUUCAGCCGGAAGACUCAGCUGCUCAACCACCACAAAGUCCACACGAGGGAGAAGCCCUACAAGUGUUCCCAGUGCGGCGAGACGUUCAGCCGCAGCUCCAGCCUGAUGAUACACGAGGGCUCCCACACAGGGGAGAAGCCGUUCAAAUGCCCCGAUUGCGAGAAAUCCUUCAACACGUCCUCCCAGAUCCACACGGGCGAGAAGCCCUUCAAGUGUGCCACCUGCGGGAAAUGCUUCUGCGACCGGGCCGUCCUCAUCCGGCACCAGAAAGUCCACACGGGGGAGAGGCCACACCUGUGCAUCACUUGCGGGAAGAGUUUCUCGCACCGGGCUGUGCUGGUGAGACACCAGAAAAUCCACACCAGGGAAACAUUCCACGUCCUGAAAUUUGAGGAGGAGGCGGCCCCACAGCUGGUAGAGCUGAUGGCAGAGAGAACGGAUGUGCGUUUUCAAGCUAUGUGCUACCAACGAAUGGAGAAAACCAGUCGUUAA